AUGGCGGACGACUAUCAGACCUACAAGCUCGGCAACUUCUCCCUCAGUUCGGGCGGAGAGAUUCCAGAUGCUUUUAUCGCAUACAAAACGCUCGGAGAUCCGUCAUUGCCAGCUAUCAUAUACCCAACGUGGUAUUCUGGAUCAAUUUCCGACAAUCUCUGGCUCACCGGGUCAGACAAGACUCUGAACCCCGAGAAGUACUACAUCAUCAUUCCCGCACUCUUCGGUAAUGGACAAUCCUCCUCGCCAUCAAAUAUGCCGGACCUUCGUCCAUUCCCCAACGUUCUCUUCUAUGACAAUGUGCGAGCCCAGUACGAACUUGUCACCAAGCAUCUAGGUGUCAAGCAUGCACGUGCUGUUCUAGGUUGGUCCAUGGGAGCCGGUCAAACCUACCAAUGGGCCACCCAGUACCCAGAAUUCAUGGACCUCAUCGCUCCUUUGCUGUGGCUCAGCGAAGACUUCUCUGCAUAA